GUUAAUUCUAUUUAACAUUUGUUAAAUAUACACAGUGAAAAUAUAUAAAAAUGUCGGAAGCAACAAUUAUGCCUAUAAAUGAUCAGAAAAUUAAAAUUGAACCACCAGAAUAUUCAAUAGAAGAGAUUCAGGUUGAAAUUAAGGAUGAGCUUGAUGAAGUUGAGGAUAUUGUUAAGCCUGAAUCGUGUUCAGGAGAUGAUGAAAUCUGUCUGGAAAGAUUCAUGAAUUCCGAUGUAACAAUAGAGGAAGAAGUCAAACAAGAGUCAAUAAUAAUACAGGUGCCUCCUUUUAAAUGUAUUAUUUGUGAUAGAUCAUUUGCAGAAUCGCAUUAUUUAACAGAGCAUAUGAUCAAUCACACGCCAAGUGCUAGCAAAGAAGGCUCCCAUAGGUGUGAUAUAUGCCUUAAGACAUUUAAACAAUUAUCACUUUUGGAAAAACACAUUAUUACUCAUAAGACAGAACGACCUUUCAAAUGCCAAAUAUGUCUUAAGACGUUCAAACUAUCAAAAGGGUUAAAGUUGCACAUGAUCAUACAUUCUGAAGAAUGUCCUUUUAAAUGUGAAAUAUGCAAUAAGGCAUGCUGUCAAAAAAGUGAUUUAGCAAAACACAUGCUCAAACAUACAGGAGAACGUUCCUAUGCAUGCAAUUCAUGUGGAGACACUUUUGUGCAUCCAAGUGCUCUAAGAAGUCACAUGCGUAUUCAUACAGAAGAACGCCCUUUCAAAUGUGACAUAUGCACUAAAGGCUUCACACAAUUGCUCAUUCUAAAAAGCCACAUGUCCACUCAUAUAGAACUCUCCCGUGAAUGCACAAUAUGCAAAAAAAUAAUAAAAAAACCGAGCUACCUAAAAACCCACAUGCUUAUCCAUACUGGAGAGCGCCCUUAUAAAUGUGAUAUAUGCAAUCUGGGUUUUGCACAAGUGGGCAACUUGAACGCACACAAGCGUACUCAUACAGGAGAGCGCCCUUUUAAAUGUGUUAUAUGCAACAAGGAUUUUAAGAAAGUCCGUUUCUUGAAGAAACACUGCGAAAUACUACACCCUCAUGAAUGCAAAAUUUGCAACAAAACAUUCACAGGACCGAGCGAUCUGCAAACACACAUGCUUGUUCAUUCUGGGGAGCGCCCUUAUAAAUGUGAUAUAUGCAAUAAAAGUUUUACACAGGAAUGCAAUUUGAAGAACCACAUGACACGGUUGCAUAUUAGGAAACAGGAUGCAGAUCAAUGAAAUAUUAAUAAGCAGAAACUAGUGGGGCUGUAAGGGUGCAUCCAUUGACAAAAAAACACAAAAAAUCACAUGGAGAA